CUUUUUCUGACACAUUGCUAUAUGGUCCUAAUUAGUCCUAUAUGAAUAUGAGUAACCUCCCAACUUCCUCCCACUUUCUGUAAACUACCAUUACCUUCCACCUCCCACAAUCUCUAUAUCAUCACAAUUAAUUUUCCAUCAAAAAACAAUAUGAAGAAAUCAGGACUCUUAGCAGCCUCUGUUUCUGCUGCUGCCAUGUCUUCUACUACAUCCACCACCACCACUACUUCUUCCAAAGUUCGAAUUUCUUUUCAUAAGGAUGAUAAUUUGAAGAAAAAGGAUGGAAAUUGUUCAAAGCCUGUGAAAGAAUCACCAUCUUCAGAUAAAUUUGCGCCCAGAUUUGAUGGAUUGAGGUUUAUAGAGACACUGGUCACUGCUCACAGAUAAGUUUACAAUAUGGAGAAAAAGUUUUAGAUGGAUAAUAUAUUACUAGGAGAUUAUAUUAUAAGAGAAAAAAAGGAGGAAUAUGAUACUGUCAUUAUAGCCCUAUUAAGAGCUAUAUUCUCUGAAUUUAAUUAUACCAGAAUUACACGAUUGUUUCAAGGAUCAAAGUUCAAACAAAUUGUAACUUAUUUUCUAUUUGAAUGAAGAACUUAAGAUGCUGCGGUUCAAAAUUGUAUAGAGGGCUGGUUCUGUAUUUUUAAUUUAAUUAUGUGCAACUAUGUUUGACAAUACUA